GAUGCGGAUUCCUCUGCUGCCGGCUCCCUGUGCUGCCGGGCUCCCUGUGCUUGUUUGUCCUAUAUAGGACGAGGGGGGUACAGACUGUGUAUGUGAGUUAGCUCGGAGGGUAUUUUUCUUUCUCGAUUAUUAUCGAUUUAUCAUCGACCCUAAUUCCCCCUUGCGACAUUCGUGUCUCGCUGCGUGUUCGUACGCCACGCACUGUGUUAUCUCUCCUGCUGCUGUGAUACAUUUCCGCCCAAUCAAAACAGACGCAUGAUUUGAUCCGCUCACGAGCGUCUCGCGCAGCUAUGUUCGCGUCCAACUUCAACUACGACCACAGCGCCAAUUCGACAGGCCCCGGUUCGCCAACGCAGCGUGCUUCAUUUCAAGAAGCCGCUCCGAAUUCGCCUCCGCUGCCUAGAGACUUUUCUGGCUCAUUGACCCUAUCCCCCGGUAGCAGCCAUGGCAGACCCGGUGUUGUCCCCGAAACUGAGGAGUCGACAUUGGCCGGCAGUGUCACGAACUCCCACUCAUUCGAAGAACUUGCCGCGGUGCGGGAUGAGGAGGCCGAGAGAGAGGAUGUGAAGUCCCUGGCACGCCAAUAUACACAGCAAUCCAUCCGCACCCAGACCGACAAAAACCCGUUCAAUGCAGAGCCAGGCUCCGAGCUCGAUGCUUCCUCAGACAACUUCAAUGCCAAAGCAUGGAUGCGUGCCAUGUUCAAGCUACGAAACGAAGAUAGCAGCCGGUUUAAGGGCCGAACCGCAGGCGUGUGCUUCAAAGACCUCAGCGCCUAUGGGUUUGGCACUGCCGCAGACUUCCAAAGCACAGUCGGUACUAUUGGUCUACAGGCGGUCGGUGUAGCUCGGCAGCUGGCCGGUACAGGAAAGCGACGGAUCAAUAUUUUGCGUAACUUUGAUGGCUUGGUUCAUGCUGGUGAGAUGUUAGUGGUGCUGGGCCCGCCCGGCUCUGGAUGCUCAACAUUCUUGAAGACAAUCGCUGGAGAAACAAAUGGGUUCUACCUCGACGCAAGCUCUCACGUCAACUACCAGGGUAUUCCCUACAAUGACAUGCAUAAGCAUUUCCGUGGCGAGGCCAUCUAUACCGCAGAACAGGACGUGCAUUUCCCCCAACUCACCGUCGGAGACACAUUGUACUUUGCCGCCCGGGCUAGGGCACCGAAGUAUAUACCCGGAGGCGUCAGUGUGCAUGAAUAUGCAAUCCACAUGCGUGACAUGAUCAUGGCUACUUUCGGAAUUCGGCAUACCAUCAACACGAAAGUGGGCAACGAUUUCAUUCGUGGCGUCUCUGGUGGUGAGCGGAAGCGAGUCAGUAUUGCUGAAGCUGCCCUAAGCGGUGCGCCGUUGCAGUGCUGGGAUAACUCCACCCGAGGUUUGGACAGUGCAAAUGCCAUUGAAUUUUGUAAGACGCUGCGACUCGAGGCCGAAAUUUCCAAGAUCACCGCCGCCGUUGCUAUCUACCAAGCUCCACAGUCAGCAUACGACAUCUUCGACAAAGCAAUUGUUCUGUAUGAAGGACGCCAGAUUUACUUUGGUAAUUCGAAGUCGGCUAAGCAGUAUUUCAUCAACCUGGGCUUCGAGUGUGCUGACCGCCAAACGGAUGCUGAUUUCUUGACUUCCAUGACCAAUCCAAAUGAGCGGAUUAUCCGUCGUGGCUUUGAGAAUCGGGCUCCACGCACUCCGGAUGAGUUCGCAACUGCUUGGAAGAACAGCGAUGAGCGCAAGGUUCUCAUGGAAGAGAUUGAUCAGUAUGAGCGAGAUCAUCCUGUCGGAGGCCAUGACCUAGAACAAUUUAAGGAGUCCAGAAAACUGCAACAAUCCAACCGCCAGCGUCUACAUUCCCCCUACACUCUCUCAUAUGUCGAGCAGAUUCAGCUCUGCCUGUGGCGUGGCUUCAAGCGAUUAAAGGCCGACCCCAGCUUAACAUUGACUGCCCUCAUCGGUAAUUUCGCCAUGGCGUUGAUCAUUGCUUCUGUCUUCUACAACCUUCCCGCAACGGCCGAGUCAUUUUUCUCUCGCGGUGCUUUGCUAUUCUACGCCGUUUUGAUGGCUGCUUUUAGUUCAGCUUUGGAAAUCCUCAUCAUGUAUGCGCAGCGCCCCAUAGUCGAAAAGCACACUCGCUAUGCUCUAUAUCAUGCCUCUGCCGAGGCGUUUGCCUCUGCAUUGUGCGAUAUGCCAUAUAAAACUAUCAACACAUUUACUUUCAACAUCCCCAUAUACUUUUUAACCAACUUACGCCGCGAACCGGGUCCCUUUUUCUUUUUCGUUUUAUUCAGCUAUAUAGUUACGCUCACAAUGAGUAUGAUCUUCCGCACCAUGGCCUCUGUGUCGCGUACCUUAUCUCAAGCAUUGGUGCCGGCUGCAAUCUUCAUUCUGGGACUGGUAAUGUACACCGGGUUUGCUAUUCCGACGACAUACAUGCUCGGUUGGUCGCGUUGGAUCAACUACAUUGAUCCUGUCGCCUACGCAUUCGAGUCGAUCAUGAUCAAUGAGUUCUCCGGACGCCAUUUCCCAUGUACUACUCUUACGCCACCUUACGGGUCACUUGAGCAUGGAUUCUGCAACGCUGUCGGCAGCGUUCCUGGACAAAGCUAUGUUGAUGGCGAUGUCUACCUUGCCUCUGCCUACAAUUACGAGGCAUCCCACCGAUGGAGAAACUUCGGUAUUCUUUGGGCAUUCAUGUUGUUCUUCUUUGCCAUCCAUCUGCUCACCACAGAAUACAUCCAAGCCAAGAAAUCUAAGGGCGAGGUGCUUGUUUUCCGCCGCGGUCAUAUUCCUCAGGAGAUGAAGAAAGGGUUCUCCGAAGACCCUGAGGAUGCCAGCAGCCAGGAACCUGGUCCGCAAAAGGAAGAAGCACGCACAGAUGCUUCUAACUUUAUUCAAAAGCAGACUGCAAUUUUCCAGUGGCGCGACCUUUGCUAUGACAUUAAGAUUAAAGGUGAACCUCGUCGCAUUUUGGACAACGUUGAUGGCUGGAUCAAGCCUGGUACCCUUACUGCCCUCAUGGGAGUCAGUGGUGCAGGUAAAACCACCCUUCUUGACGUUUUGGCCACUCGUGUGACCAUGGGUGUGAUCACCGGUGAAAUUCUCGUCGAUGGCAAGCAACGUGACAGCUCCUUCCAACGAAAAACCGGUUACGUUCAACAGCAAGAUCUUCAUCUCGAAACUUCGACGGUCCGUGAAGCCCUAGUUUUCAGUGCGCUCUUACGUCAGCCAGCCCAUGUAUCUCGCAAGGAAAAGAUCGAUUAUGUUGAGGAAGUUAUCAAACUCCUUGAAAUGGAACAGUACGCGGACGCUGUUGUUGGUGUUCCAGGAGAAGGUUUGAACGUCGAGCAGCGAAAACGACUUACUAUUGGUGUCGAGCUAGCAGCCAAGCCACAACUACUACUCUUCCUUGAUGAACCUACCUCUGGUUUGGAUUCGCAGACAUCAUGGUCCAUUCUCAGUCUGUUGGAGAAGUUGAAGCAGAACGGGCAGGCAAUUCUUUGCACCAUCCACCAGCCAUCAGCCAUUCUAUUCCAGCGAUUCGACAGACUCCUUUUCCUUGCUAAGGGUGGUCGAACAGUGUAUUUUGGGCCCGUCGGAGAAUCUUCCCGUACAAUGAUCGACUAUUUCGAAAAGAACGGUGCACACAGCUGCCCAUCGGAGGCCAAUCCCGCAGAGUGGAUGCUCGAAGUCAUCGGAGCAGCCCCUGGGUCCCACACUGAGAUAGACUGGUUUGAGACCUGGAGAAACUCUCCCGAGUACCAAGAAGUGUCCGCUACAUUAGACCAAUUGAAAGCUGAAAGAUCUCGGAUUCCAGUUGAUAGUUCCGCACACAAUAAGGCUGAUUACCGGGAGUUUGCAGCGCCAUUCCUUGCGCAAUAUUACGAAGUACAAAAGCGAGUCUUUGAGCAGUAUUGGCGUACCCCUACCUACAUCUAUGCUAAGAUUGCUCUCUGUGUUCUGAGUGCACUUUUCAUCGGUUUCUCAUUCUUCCAUGCACCAAACACUCAGCAGGGACUUACGAAUCAGAUGUUCGGCUUGUUUAUGUUAAUGACUAUUUUCGGUCAACUGUGCCAACAGAUCAUGCCAGUUUUUGUCACCCAACGAUCCCUCUACGAAGUCCGGGAGCGUCCUUCCAAGGCAUUCUCAUGGCAGGCAUUUAUCUUGUCCUUCGUAGUUGCCGAAAUUCCUUGGAACCUUCUCUGCGCAACUCUCCUUUAUUGUUGCUGGUACUACCCCAUCGGCCUAUACCGAAAUGCGGAAGUAACCAACACCGUCCAUGAACGGGGUGGCUUGAUGUGGAUGCUCGUUUUCCAGUUUUUGAUGUUCACCUCGACUUUUGCGCACAUGGUUGUUGCUGGUAUUGACACUGCAGAGACGGCAGGCAACGUCGCAAAUUUGGUCUUCGCCCUCUGCCUGAUCUUUUGCGGUGUUUUGGCCGGUCCAACUGCUCUGCCAGGUUUUUGGAUUUUCAUGUACCGUGUUUCCCCAUUCACAUAUCUUAUCGCCGGCAUGUUGUCAACCGCAGUCCGUGACACAUCCGUACAGUGUGCUUCCAACGAAUACCACGUCUUUACUCCUCCACCUAACCAAACUUGUGGCGAGUUCAUGGGUCCAUACAUCAGCCAAGUUGGCGGAUAUCUCCAGAACGACGCAGCCACAGAUAAUUGCUCGUUCUGUUCCGUGAAAGACACAAAUACAUUCCUGGGAUCAGUGUCCAUCAACCCCGCCGACACAUGGCGCAACUUUGGCCUGCUCUGGGUCUUUAUCGUGUUCAACGUUUUCGGUGCCUUGUUCUUGUACUGGUUGGCGCGUGUGCCUAAAAAUAAUGGGCGUAAGGUGAAGGAGGAGCAGACUUCAGGUGUUUCGACUCCUAACCCCGAGACAACACUUCCUACCACAGCCGAGAAGUCCUAAUUUGCAUUCCAUGCGUUGUUGAAUUUUCUUAUGUUGUUUAUUCGUUGUAUCAUAUUGCACUGCAAGUUAAUUGUUAAUAGAUAGUAGAUAGUUAGUGCACCACUUAAUAGAUUAGAAUACCAGUCAACAAGCAUCACAUAAUAACAGUAUAACAACACUAAUACCUAGCAAUAUUCAAUGAAUGUAAAUAUGGCGAUUGGAAUAUCCAUAC